GUAUACCUUUCUCGGCCUUUUGGCUAAGAUCAAGUGUAGUAUCUGUUCUUAUCAGUUUAAUAUCUGAUACGAGGGUCAUCGACCCUCACGAUAUUAAUCUUAUUUCUUUCAGGGUGCGUCCCCAAUCGGGCAGCUUGCUGUCCGGGGGUCGCCAGUGUCGCCUUGGUAUUGCACUACCUCCUAGGCCGGCGCAGCCCACCCUCUUCCCACGAGGAGACCCAAUCUAAACCAAUUAGGAUCAUAUCUUGUCGGUGUAACAAGGAAAGUUUAGUCAUCUUUGAUGGCUCACCGAACACUCUUACUCUAUGGAAUGGAUGUAAUUUUAUCUGUUGGCUGAUCGAUCUCUCUGGGAUUAGCGACCACGCAGCAAUCGACCGAUCUGAAGGUCUUUGAUGUUAUUGUUUCAUGCGUAGCGUUGUUUGACAGGAUGGUCCAAAGACAGCGUCGAAGCAGUCAUCCUCAUGAGCGGACCUAGUUUGUGAGCCGAUCGUAUCGAAGUCACAGAGGGGCGACGCUUCUCCAGAAGAUUGGCCGAAGAGCAUUGCGCUGUCAGUUGUUCAGUGGUCGAGAAAUGUGGCUCUUCUAGCAGCAAACUCUACUGGAUGUUCGACGAUGGUGUGCAUGAGUACACGAGAUAGUGUUCAUUGAGUGUGACGUGUGAUUACUUAGCCUUCAGCCACACUGCGAUGGACGUAUGCCGAAAGUGAAGAAUCAUGGUCGUAUCGAGUUACUCUUAUUUUCACAAACUAACCUCUCGCUUCAAGCAUGUGUCCUCAAUCAACGUCACAUCAUCGAUCUCAAAAGAGACUCGGGAUAAAUUAGCAUUCUUUCAAAGUUCUCGUAAGUUCUCAGAAUCAACUCAAUGCGCCGAUGUAACAAUCAACGUCCCACUUGUCCAUAACAGGACCAAAACCUCUUGGUCAAGUAGAGCCACGCACGAAACGAGGUCAUAAAUUCUGGAGCCUUGUGGGCGGUCAGGAGAUGACGCAUGU